AUGGGGUGGCAUCCGCUCUUAAUCGCCCUCGCAGCGUGCGCGCAUGCGAAGUGGCACGUCAUCCACGGCAGCCACACCAGCCACAACGAGCGCCGCGGGCCCGGAAACAACCGGUACCUCACCUACAACGAGACCGAGGGCCUUAACAACCAGCGCAUCGCGCUGGAGAACGCGCGCCUCAUGGCCAUCCUGCUGAACCGGACCCUCGUCGUCCCGGACACGAUCCCACCCCACGACGCCGGCGACCCCUUCCCGACGAAGACCUGCCGCGUCUUCACCUGCGACUCGCUGCGCGUGCCGUGGGUGUCGCAGCGCUACUUCGAGGACCACCGGAAGCGGUGGCCCACGCGGAUCCGCGACGACGCGGCGCGAUGCGGCGACGUGGCCACCUGCGAAGACUUCCUGCUCGAUCCGCCGAAAAACGUGGUCGUCGAGGUCCCCGUUGACAAGACCCAUACUCCACUAUCAGCCCCGCUUGAUGCUGCUAUAAGCUCUGCUUGCAUGGUGCGCUACCAAAGGUCGUCGUCGGAGUGGGUCGUGGACGCCGGGGACGCCCCGUGUCCGCUGUACACGGUCCUGGAGCUCGCCGAAGACGAGGAAUGGUACAAAGAAGCGUACGGCGUCUUCAACAAGAAAAAAUUCGGGUCGGGGGAGGCGCCGGGCGAAGGCGACCGCGUCACCAAGUUCUUCUACGACGGAGAAGCGUACGACGGCACCGUCGCCGAGGUCACGGUCGGGGACCAGUCCUUCUCCAGCGACGUCGAGUCGGCGGAGGCGGCCAUCGCGGGGAAGGACUGGGAGCGGUCAUUGCGCUGGAAGGUCGUCAAGGCGCGCCCGAGGGCCGACGACGGUGGCGUGACGUACUACACGCUCAGCUACUACUGCUACAAGUCGAGGCGGGACCGCAUGGCGAAGAAGUCGCCCACGCAGAAGUUCAUCACGACGUCCAUGGUCCCCGGCUGCCCCGCGCGCUGGCGCACCCACAACGAGGCCAACCUCGCGAUGGCCAAGUACGUCGCCGUCGUUGAGAGUCCCGGGAAGGCCGGGCGCAAGCGGAGCGCCGGCGGCGACGAGGGGGACGUCGAGGUCUGCGGCGACGGCGACGACGACGUCCCGGACGCGCCCGCGCUCGCGGCGCCCGCGCCCGACGGCGACGACGGCGGCGUCGAGGACGGCGACGACGACGUCCCGGACGUGCCCGCGCUCGCGGCGCCCGCGCCCGAGGGCGACGACGGCGGCGACGACGACGACGAGGAGGAGGAGCUCGCGGAGGACGACUUCACGGGCUGCGGCGGCGACCUCGUGGACUGGACCCCGAAGGUCACGCUGCGCAGGCCGCGCGGCGCGGGCGCCGCGGCCGAGGCCCGGCGCAGGAAGCGCUCGAGCUUGGGCCACCGCACCAUGGACGCGCUCGCGGCGCUCAGGCGCGGCGCCAUGCGGCUCAUCGGCGCGGUCGGCGGCGCCUCGCGCCGCCGUCGCCACCAGUCCGGGCACCGGGGCGACGACGGCCGGGAAGACAACCGGAGAAGAGACGAGGAGAACCGACGGGCGCGCGUCGAGGAGGUCAUAGAGCGCAACGCGAGGCGGUACCAGCCCAUGAUCGACCGCCUCCGCGGCCACCUGACCGCCGAGACCACCUACCACCUCUCCCUCGCCUACGACCCGGAGGACCCGGACUCGCGCCUCAAGAUGUCCGACUCGGAGCUCCGCCGGACGCGGACCAAGGCGGAGCGCGUCGAGCGCUACCUCCGCUACUUGAGGGACUUCAACACCGGCGAGCCAGGUUCCUUCACGGCCCUGGAGUGCGCGCAGAAGGCGGCCGACGAGGCCUACGGCAAGGUCAGCUCGCGGACGGUCAUGGGCUACUUCCGGAACCAGUACCUGCCCUCCGAGGGCUACUUCCUCGCCGACGAGCGCGGCAGCUACCCCCGCGACUCGUGGACGAGCUGCUUCCUGAGCCAGGACGACCUCGUGCUGCGGCUGAACCUCCUCGUCCGCGCGAACCUGCGCACGAUGUCCUUGGAGAAGCUCGCGGAGCUCAUGUCGGAGGUCAUGAUGAUGAAGAUCACGGACAACUACGACGGCGGCGCCCCCACGGGGAGCAAGACGAUCCGCUCGACGCGCGCCACGACCGUCGAGCCGGACUGGUACGUCGACGGCGACGUCGACGGCGACGUGCGGGGCUUCUUCUGGAAGCGGUACGGCCUGUCGUGGCCCAUCAAGAAGGGCCACGGCGUCUACACCAUCGCCCACUCGGACAAGAUCCAGCUCGAGUACCGCGACCGCAAGAAGUCGUACAUGACGGACGUCCACGAACGCGCGGCGGACGACCGGAACGAACGAUUUUUGCCGCUCGACAAGGAGAUGGAGAAGCUCCAGCACAAGUGGAUCCAGCUGUCCUUGGAGGAGGCGGAGAAGCUCUUCGUCGCCCACGAGAAAACCAAUCCCAACGCGCGCCAGGACCUGGAGCCGCACCGCGUCAAAGUCGAGAUCGACGGCGCGUCCGUCGACGCCGUCGAGUUCAACGUGAACGCGAGCUCGGCCUUCGAGGCCUACGUCGAGUCCAUGCCCAUGGGCGGCUCCCUGAGCGCCAGGUGGCCCAGCGACGCGCCGCCGCUCGUGGCGAUCGGCCAGGACGAGAUGUGCCGGCACAGCCACGAGUACACGUCCAAGUGCUGGACGCACAAGGGCGCGGCGCCCAUCGACAAGAAGUCGCGCGGGCUGGCGGUCCACGUCAGCGGCUUCGUCUCCCGCGCCCAGAAGAUCGGCUUUGGCUUCCCGCUCGACGAGGCGACGCUCGCGGCCAUCAACGCGCACCGCGCGGGCAAGCAGUACCCGGUCACGACGUCCGGCGUCGACGUCGGCCAGGCCUGGAUCAAGGUGCAGGAGCAGCAGGGCGUGGCCCAGCCGACCAAGGACAUGCCGCCGCUGAAGAAGAACGUGCCCGCGGGGUACUGGGACAACGCGGUCGACAUCUGCGCCGUCGGCUUGUGGCACAUGAACCCGGGCGCGAACAAGGAGGGCUGGUGGCUGGGCGUCCACAUCAUCGUGCACACCUACGACGUCAUCCAGGCGUUCGAGUUCGUCUACGGGAAGCUCUCGGACGCCGCGACGCCGUGCCAGGCCCUCUUCUACUUCGACCACAGCGCGCAGCACGGCCACUCGAAGCCGGACGCGCUCUCGACGACGCAGAUGAACCUCUCGUGGGGCGGCGACCAGCCCAUCGUCCGCGACACGAUCAUCGAGCGCUCGGAGGGCUUCCUGGGACCCUUCGAGCCCGUGCUCAAGCCCGGCGACACCCAGCGCGGCUAUUUUGAUGAUCCGUCGGCGCCGCCCGUGGACGAUCCCGCGGCGCCGCCCGGGAACGGACGCCGAGCCACGGCCAAACCCAAACCGCCGAAGCAUGGCGCGGAGUACUACCGCGCAUCGGCGCUUUUCGAUGCCAACGCGACGGCGGAGGCGAAGAUCCGGGCGGCGACGACGGAGGCGGGCGUCGCGUGGGUCCAGAUCGCCGCGGACGACGCGAAGGCCUACGUGCAGGCGCGGUCGAUCAAGGAGCAGGGCAAGCGGGCGGCCACGGCGCCCAAGGACAAGAAGGUCGGGUCGCUCCGGGCGCGCGCGGCGACGUACCACUCCGAGAACGCGUCCAUCACGAUCGAUCUCGGGUCGAAGCCGCCGGGCUACGACGAGUGGCGCGCGGCGCUCGAGGUCCACGCGGCGAGCGUCACGGGCUUCAUCGGCCAGCCCAAGGGCGGGAAGCAGCUGCUCAGGGAGCGCGGCCUCUGGCACCGGGGCAUGUCGUGGACGGGGAAGAAGGACACCUACGGCGUCCCCGAGACCGUCGACAUCGACGGCGUCGCGCGGUCGACGUGCGCCAAGGACGUCCUCGCGGCGUGCUGGGACUACCAGAACGAGACCUCGGAGCUCGAGCAGAUGGUCACGGACCUCGGGCACCGCGCCAUGUUCACACCCAAGGGCCACUGCGAACUUGCCGGCGAGGGUAUCGAAUACGACUGGGGCGUCGCCUCGCGGUGGAAGCGCAAGAACGGCCGCGACGAAGACCAGCACCUCCAGGAGGACACGCUUCGCUCGUUGUCGCCGAAGGUGCUGCCCGUGUUGCGCGUGCGCAUGUUCGAGCGGACGGCGUGGCGCUACAAGCAGGCGUACAGUCGAGUCACCCGCGGCGAGGCCACGGCGGGCGAGUUCGCGGAGGUCGAGCGGCUCCAGAAGGAGAUCAGGCGCCACCGCGACGCCGAGGUCGAACUAGCCGCGCUCGAGGGCCGCCGCGAGAACCCGCUUGCCGCCCUCGAUGCGCCCCCGGGGACGGCUCCGGUCCGCGCGGCGACGGCCGCGGGCCCCUGA